ACGGGCCAGAGAGCUAACGCAUCGUGCGUCGACGAGCGGGCGUUGAUUUUCGGGCCCACUUUCGUCGCUCUGAUUUUGAGUCUGUAGCUAUCGGGAGCUAUCGGGAGGUUGGUUCCGAUUGGAUUUCAGCCACAGGCCCGGCUGCGGGGCGGACCUUCUUCGUGGUUGUCAGAUCAGAGACUCGCGAACAGACGGACAGAGUUUUGAAACGGAGAUCUGACUCGGGGUUCGGAGCCGAGUCGGCGAAUUCUGGUGACGCUGUAUGCUGAAUUCGGUGUUCUGCAGCCCGGGUUUCGCAUUGCGACGUGGAGCUCUCGUGAAAGCCAACGCACCCUGUCGGGGGUGUGAUUAUGGUGUAGAAUCAUGUGCUCCUGGACCAAUCCGUCGACUGGGAAAUUCAAGGGUAUAGGAGGCGUUGUUCUCCCAGAUGAGGCUAUUGAAGAAGAUGAUGAUCCUGAAGACCAGGUCGUGUACCGCUACGAUCGACCAAGUGACUUACUCGGUCUUUAUCAGCAACGACAUCAGGCCAAAGGGCAAGGAUCUGCCCACGGGAUAAUUAGCAAGGAAAAAAGGAAACCUCCUCAGAAGUCCGAAAAAAAUCUGGUGCCCCCAUCUGCAGUUGAAGAAGCAGCCUGGGCCUCAUUAACGCAAGCUGAUAGUCACUGGAGAAUCUCUAGUCAGCACCUUCGAGGGAAAGAACAGGAUGAUAUUUCUUAUGGACACGUGGAUUUCACAGAAGAGCUUCAGGCCAAUAGUUCAACCCUUGAUAAACCGGCAACUGCAGGCGUUCAGGCUGAACUACGUGAUUAUCCACCUCGGAAAAGUGGCUGGUCUGAAGCUUUGGAGCAGCUGAUUGGACAGGAGAUCGAAGACAGGCCAGCACAAACAGAUUUACAGGGUGCACAGGCUCCUAAAACUGGAGAAGGUCAUUCUCGUCAAACAGCUGUUGAGCCGGAUGCCCAUGCAGCUUCCACUCUUGGACAGUCAUCAAUACUACAGACUGAUCGAAGGAGUGAUUACUCUAGUUCUUCAAAAGGAAAGCCAAAGCAACAGAAUGUUCAAAGAUUCCGUAUAAACAGUCUGAAAGUUUCCCAUCCAGUUCUCAAGGAUGGUGCUCCUGUCCCAAUUGCUCAACGGCUUCAACAACUUGUUGACGAGAACUCCUGCCAAGACACUGGACCACAUCAAGUCCGUGGAUCGAGUCACAGUGCCGCGUCUUUGACAAUUGCUGAGAAGUUUCAGUUUUUAGUAGAAGACAGUAAGCAGUUCACGGGGACGAACGUGAGAAGACAGUCACCAUCCCGUUCAAGAAAAUCAGUCGCUUCGGCCCAAAUUAGGUCAGCUAUACAAGACGACAUUGUGGAUUUUACCGAUGCUGAUGGAGAUGACAUCUGUGUUCAGGCGAGCUCAAGAUGUUUUGAGAAUUUAGCACGGAGAAGCAGGUCCGCUCGCAAUGUAGAAAAGAGCCAAUCAGCUUAUAAAGAUGAACCAUUGGAGGAUAUUGACAAUGACGAAAUUUUUAGUGCUCAGGAGCCCAGCACAUCGAAGUCCGUCUCAGUAGCUCCAUCUACUGCACCGACAAGUAUCUCGGAGCGCUUUCGUGAUGCUCUGUCAUCUGCACCUCUCGAAACAACCAACACAAACAGCUUUGGUUUGUCAGCACGUUUGCAAACGGUUCUGUUGGCGCAAAAGAGCAAGCAGAUGUUCUUCACGAAAUCUUUGCAAAGAAAGCAACAAGUGGAGAAUCUUGCUCUUUGUCUAGAAGUGGUAAUUCGAGGAAGCAUCGAGGAAGCACAACUUACAACAUGCCGCUGUGAAGUCUUACGCUCUCCAGAGGAUUGGGACAAUGAGAGUCACCAUAAACACGGUGUUGCAAACGGCACCGAGAAACCGUUAAGUGUCGACAUAAUAUUUUCGAAGAUCAGCUCUGCGCUGGAGCUUCAAGUUGGGCAAGUCGUUCGGAUCCACCCACCAUGGCAGGACGUUCCCCGAGCCGGACUAGCGUCGAGAUUGAUUAUCUGCACGUUCUUCUGCGAGUUGCUGCAAUAGAAUUCGACUUCUUGCCAGCUGAUCAAUAUCUUUGCAGAGCCCAGUUACUGGCGUUGACUUGAUGUACACAAGAGGUGUACCGUCGGUUAUAAAAGCCUUGCGGAUGCCAUUACUGACCAUUUUGACGGUCUAGUAGUGCUGUCGAGUCUUUAGAUUAAACGUGUCGUUCACAAGGUACGUGUGCCUGUCGACAAGUUGUCAAGUUUGCGUUGUUGAAGGGUACAGAACUUCCGGCAGCCACUGUUCAGUAUCGACUUCAGAGACUGGAAUCUGAGGUAGAGGGCUCUUGCCACGUCGUAUGAACUGUUCAGUGUACAGUAUGUGAAUGUAUAUUUUACUGGAGGUGUAAAGCCAUUCAACAUACAUCUGGUGACUGUUGGCAUGAAGGUGAGAGAAACUGUGCACAGUUGACCGGUGGGAGUUUAGAAUUUUGGAGUGCUGAAUUGUUGCAUGUUUCUUCUUUUCCCGCAAUUUCAAUGAUGGCGAAGUGCUGCAUUCAAUUGGCGACCUGUCGUGUCGACUGCGAGCGUGUGUGUGUGAGGGAGGGAGAGAGGGAGAGAGAGAGAGAAAGCCGAGGUUGCAUGUGCCGGAAUUCCCUGUGGCAAGGACACGCAAUCAGCAGAACUCAUUGCCAUUACGUGCAGUACAUGUCCUAUAUGACUGCAUGUGAGCCUACAGGCAGUGCUUGACAACAUUCCACAAGUUCCGAUCAACAAAUGCUCGAGCUUUUAUGAGAUGAUGUGGAAGAACCCAGCAGGGUCAAGUCUUUCCCGCCUGUAUGCAGCUUGACAAUCAUGAGCAGUAGUCGGAUCAAAAGGAGUAAGAAGUACCGGGACGUUCCACCUCACCCCUAGGCCGCCAGCACCUUGGGACCCAUUGUACUGCAAUUUCACGGUAUGGCAUCGAUGUACUUUUGAAAGGUCAAGUACAUAAGUUGUACCUCCGAGGAACGGAGGAAUGAUUCGAGACAUGGAACUCAAGCAUCACAAAAGAGUUCAGCAGUGUCGGACCCCGAAGGACCUUUUGUUGGUAGUGGUAAAGGAGGAGACCUGCUGCAAGAAAAGCUGGGAGACUCAACCAAGUGAAAACGCAUCACGAUCUAAACGAACAGAAACCAUGAAACCUUUCCCUACGAAGAAGGAAAUGGGAAAAGGUAAGGAGAAGCAGCCGCUCGCGCCGACUUUACGUGAAAAUGUCGUCGAUGAUUCCACGUCAUCAGUCUGUUUUGGGCGAUGAGAAUGCAUUCUCGAAGACUGGGAGUGUUGAGGACAUUAUUAGGUUCAUGGGUUUCAACACGAAACAGAAAAGAAGUACCUACGAGGCCACAAGACUACGCCUCUAAGUACCUGACAGUGAGGUCCACUUAGUUUAAACCGAGGAUCGAACAGGGCCUUAAGCUGGUCAUAGCAAGUCUUCAGCGCCUCUUUCCUUGGAGCAAUGUUGUGAAUUUUAGUUGGAGUAGAGCACUUAAAUGCAUAUUGUGUACCAGAAACGAUGGAACGCAAACACCACCUGCCCGGUGUCUGCGCAGCUGAAAGUGCAUUUGCUUGGGAGAGCAUCUAGCGCCAAGAAGAAUGCAUGGGAGCAUACGGGAGUCGUAACAUUCA